AAUAAGAGUCUAUUGUUUAUGAUCGUAUGAAUUCAAAACUUUCAACGGACUAGUGUGUUGUAAAUUGUGAUUACUGAUUAAUUUGACUUGAUUAUCAUUAAGUUCAAUCGUUUAAUGUUUUCACUAAAUAAAAAACAAGAAAAAGGUUAGGGAUUAAAAAAAAUUUUUCAAUAUGAGUGGAAAUACGGAAUCAACGUCAAACAGCAUAAAAUUUGCACCGAUGCCUAUGUCGGCCUUACUGGCUAAUUUAAUGCCACUGCAGAAUCAAAAUACAAUAGAUACACCGGACUCCAGUUACACUUCAGAUGACAGUGAUUCUUUUAGUGAAACUGUAGCAAAUACAGCAGUUACAACGAACAAUAAUGUAAUCAAACAUUCAACUCCCCAAUUGAAAAUCUCCAAAGACGCCAAUACAUUUUCUUCAGAGAGAAAAAUAAUGAAAAAAGAAAAUAGUAAAGAAAAUGGUAACCAGAAUUUUAUAUCUUACCGUCCAAUCACAAUAAAAGAGUCUCAAAGUGUUCAAAAACCAGCUAAAUCGAUAUUUUUAACUUCCGAAAGAAAAAAUCAAAACGUAUUAAAGCAACAGAACACGAACGAUGUGCCACAACAAAAACCAAGUCCAGCGCAUAAAAAGACGCCAGAGAUGGCUAAAGUACAAUCGAGUGCACGGAAAACUAAAGUAGCAACACCUAAAAUAAAGACUGGUAUCAGAAGGUUUACGCCAGGAUCGGCAAGAAAUAGUCACAAAAAGACACCUCAGCCGCCUGUGCUACAGAACAGAGAUAAAGUUAGAUGUGAAUUGUUUCGUCACAAGGCGAAGGAAGAUCCUCCACCUCUGCACCCUGCGCCUGCGCCCGCGCCUGCACCUGCGCCUGCGCCUGCGCCUGCAUCUGCAUCAGCACCCGUCCCGGAGACUCCGAUGAAUAGGAAACAACUACCAGCCUCCUAUGCAGCCACACCAUCCUACCCGCAGGGAAUUGCUGCUCACGCUGGCGCGGCAAACUGUAAAGUUCUGUUUAAAACUACAAGCAUUAAGGACAAAAAAUAUAUGUUUAUAAAGAAAUUAGGAACUGGAGGCUCCAGUGAAGUGUACAAGGUAUUAGAAGUGGGUACAUCCUGUGAAUAUGCAGUGAAAUGUGUUGCACUUGGUACUGACCAAGAGCUGGCGCAGGGCUACAUUAAUGAAGUUCGGCUUUUGAGAGAGCUGCAGAACUCUGAUAGAGUCAUCAGAUUGUUUGAUUACGAGUACGACCGCGCGAACCAGUUCCUGCGCAUGGUGCUGGAGGUGGGCGAGACGGACCUGUCGUCGUUCAUGCGUGCACGCGGCGCCGGCCUGCCGCCCGCGCUCGUGCUGCACUACUGGGAGGAGAUGCUGCUCGCCGUUAGCUAUAUACACGAGCACGGCGUGAUCCACGCGGACCUGAAGCCAGCAAACUUCCUGAUGGUGUGCGGGCGGCUGAAGCUGAUCGACUUCGGCAUCGCGUCCGCCAUCAGCGGCGACGCGACCAGCGUGGUGCGCGCGCAGGCCGCCGGCACCUUCUCCUACAUCAGCCCCGAGGCGCUCAUGGGCGGCGCCGGCGGGUACUCCAACAGCAACAACAUUAAGAUCUCAUUCAAAUCGGACGUGUGGUCGCUGGGCUGCAUCCUGUACAGCAUGGUGUACGGGCGCACGCCAUUCGGCCACAUCGCGAUGUUCGCCAAGCUCGCCGCCAUCAUCGACCCCAACCACCGCAUCGAGUACCCGCCCGUUGCACAUUUACCGCCGACACUAAUAUCUGCGCUAAAGUGGUGUCUCACGUACAACGCCCGAUCGCGUCCCUCCGUCCAAGAGCUGUUGUCCCUCCGCCACUUGCAGCCAGCCAACUCGUCUCUACCAGAAAGUUUACUCGACAAACUGAAGUCUCACGUCUCUCCAGAAGAGUUCAGGAUGUUGCAACAAGCCAGGAUAUAAGCAAAAGAAGAGAAGGACUAAUUGCGUAAACUAUUUUUGGAUUGAAAAUUUAUCACCUGGGAAUCACUCUUAUUGCUAUAGACGCUCACAGAAAUUGGUAGGGAUCGUGUGAAAUGUGUUGUUUUUGUGAUAGCAAUGUGUUGUGGAAGUACUUGUGACAGCAAGCAGCCCAGUACUUAUCGUCCAUAUUUUAAAUAUACAUUCAAUACUAAAAGCUUUUAAUGUCUCGGACAUUUAACAUGCAUGUGGAAUUAACAUGGUUGUUCAUAAAUGUGCUAUAUAAAUGAGGAAUUACUGGAAAUUUUGUAAUAACCUUAAGAAAUAUAACUCGUCUAAAGAAUCGUUUCUUUAGUUAUAUGGACAACAUUCAGGGCGAGGGCCCAAUUGUACUUUGUAUUAUAUUCGGAUGUCGGCGAUGAAUCCCAAUAAUAAACUAAUUCCUAAGAGGCUUGGUUCUAGCUGCAGGAUGGUGUAAUAAUAAUUGUAAAUAAUAAAAAUAAUAUCAUCUCUUUUUUGUAAAUUAGACUUGCAUAGAACUAAAGAUGCAAUAUAUUUAACUUAUUAAUAGAAAAUAUAGUAAUUAAAAUGAAUUGUAUAGCUUUUAUUUUUUAUUUAUGAUUGGGGGACUUUUGCUCGUCCCCCUACUAAUUGUAAUGUGACUUUUAUCGAGACAAUGUCGUGUAUUGGAAUUUUAAUUUUAGAGCAGUAUUUUUCAAUUAGUUGCAGAUAAU